AAGGUCGCCGCUUCAUAUCGGAUGAGAGUCAGAGGAAAGAUCUGUACGACCGCCUGCAGCUCGAGACCAGGAGCCGAAACACGAGUCCCAUCACCAUAUCAGAGGCAGCUGCCAUGUUCCUCAGCUCUCUACAGAAAGCACAGGAGGAAGUGGAGGACGGAGCCCUGGAGCAGGCGGGGUACCUCCCGGAGUCUCUCUUCAGCUGGUGACCGUCCCCAUGUUGUUUCUUCUAUGGUCGACCUCGCGCCCCUGGUGACAUUACCGCCCCCCGGUGACAUUACCGCCCCCCCCCAUCACCGGACACCGUUUCCUCGCUUCAGUGACUCUUCGCUUCCUAUUUCUUCCCCUGGAGAUCAGUAAUGAGGACAAUGUGGGGGGAGGAGUUUUCUAUCUCAA